AAUUAACCUACCAAUACAGAAUUGAACCCAGUCGAGAAGUUAAGAACAUUCGUUUAUCAAUAAAAAGAAAGUUAAAAGAAGCGGGGCUAAAAAAAAUUCACCACAGUUUAAGAUCAGUAAUACCCGAAUUUUCUCAUAGAAUUCCCCCGUGUGAUGACACAGAUUGUUCCAAAUGCCAAGAGCACAAUCAGCCCAUAAUUUUGACUAGUACUGUUCAUUCCUUAGCCUAUUGGAUGAUUAGACAGUUAUUUGCCAAAAAGUUUCAAGAAAAAAGAAAAAUUCAUGUCUUAACCAAUGCUUAUAAAAAAGACUUAAUUGAUGAGUGCCAGGACUUAAAAAGAAAUCUACUGACCCUGAUUACGGAAAUAUUUAGCCAUAAAGAGGCCAAUUUUACUUUCGUGGGUGACCCCAAACAAAAUAUUAUGGCUUUUGCGGGUGCUACUGACGAUAUUUUUCAAUUACUAAAAGAAAAAUUUCCCGAUUGCGUUCAAAAAGAAAUAUCAAUCAGUUUUCGGGUUCCGGAGGAAAUUGCAGUCAUGGCUAAUGAUUUCACCCGGAAGUUUAUGUCCCGGCGCAAGCCAAAAUUGGCCACUAAUAAAACUAAUGGUGGCAAAAACCCGGUGGUUUUUUUGGCUGGCUCGGAGCAAGUUUAUCAAUUAACUGAGGAAGAAGAAAAUAAAAUUGAGGAAAAACUCAAAA